AUGUAUAACACAAGUGGAAGCGAUAUUGAUGUAGAAGAAUUAGAAUAUCAUAAUGGUUCACGUAAGAUUGCAAAAACUUAUGUUGAAAAAAAACGACGUGAUCGUAUUAAUCGAAGUUUAGAUGAAUUAAAAGAAUUAUUAGCUAUUCAUUGCGAUAAAGCGCGUUAUCAAAAAUUAGAAAAAGCUGAAAUACUUGAAAUGUGUGUUGAUUUUGUUAAACAAACAAAUGGACAUUUAAAUUCUAUAAAACGUAAUUAUGAAUUAGGCUAUCAACAAUGUACAACUGAUGCAGCCAACUUUCUUAAUACAAUACCUGAAAUUUCAUUUAUCGAACGGCAGCAUCUUUUAAAUCAUUUAUCGACGGCAAAUAAUCGUCGUUUUCACCCAUAUAGAAAGUCAACAAGUCAUCAUUCAAUUGUUAAUGAAUGGUUUAAUCGUUGCGGUGGAAAACAAAAAUCUCUCGCUGAUUCAUCGUCAUCAUCCGAACGUUCGAACACAUCUAGUCCAUCGUCAUCUUCUUUGGACGAUAAUAGUGAACGUUCAUCAACUCUUUGGAGACCAUGGUGA